UCAUGAUUGAGAACACAAUUUUUACAAUGCUGCUUUUUCUUUGUCUUUUGAAAGGAAUAUAAAGCCUUUACAGAGUUAAUCGUUAUGGACCCUUUCAUUCUUGCUUCUAAAAUGUAUUUCUGAGAACUUGUCACUUUCAGUUUAUAUUAUGAGAGAUAAAAACGUAGAUAACAGCUUCUAGUCAGAAAGUCCUUUUUUUCUCCUAAAUGCAGAAUGAUUUCAGACUUUCCCUAAUGACAGUAUGGAAAGUACAUUUACACCCUGCAUCCUAUUUUGAUCAAGUUCACAAAUAAGCCUGUCUGACUUAGGGACUUCCUGUUCUGCCCUCGGAAUCUGUGACUUCAAGAACAAUGCACUCGAGCUUCUCGAUAAAAACUAAGUUGGAAGAGUGAGAAUGCUUUCCGUCCUGAUAAGUAGCUGGUAAUGAAUCAUGGACACCAAUGCUUCAAACCAGACAUGGACUCCAACAAGCAUCUUGAGUUCUUCCAAAUGCAGCCUAGCAUACAAUGAGAGUGUGCACUUUGUGAUGGCAAUCUACAGUGUUGUUUUGGUGAUUGGAUUUCCAGCAAACAUAUUAACAUUGUGGUUAACAAUACUGCAGAUACGUAGAAAAAAUGUACUGGCCGUCUAUCUGUUCAGUCUAUCUUUAAGUGAAUUGAUGUACUUAGGGACACUACCUCUCUGGAUCCUUUAUGUGAAGAAUGACCACAAAUGGGAAUGGGGCGCUUUGGCUUGCAAGAUCACUGGGUACAUCUUUUUCAACAACAUAUACAUAAGCAUAUUCCUGUUGUGCUGUAUUUCUCUAGACCGAUUCUUGGCAGUUCAGUACUCCUUGGAAUCCCGAGGUGUGAGACGUCAGAGAAUAGCCACAAUUGUAACUUUUGCUCUAUGUUUUUCUGUAGCACUGGUUCAGUCUACUGCAUUCUUUAUAAAAGACGGAGACACGGAAGAACAAUCAACUUGCUUUGAAACAUUGCCAAUGUCUCUGAUGACUGCUAAUUUCUAUUUUGCUCGAUUUAUUAUUGGCUUUUUAAUACCUUUAUUUGUUCUCAUAUUUACAAACUGCAGCAUAAAAAGAAAGAUUCAAAUAAGUGACAGCUUCUCACACCACCAAAAAUCCAAAGUAAAGUAUUUGUCAAUAGCUGUAAUAACCAUAUUUAUGAUUUGUUUUGCCCCUUAUCAUCUUGUUCUCCUUAUUAGGGCCAUAGCUUUUGUUUUGAACCCAAAUAACUCUUGCCAGUUUGAGGAAAAUAUUUACACAUCUAAUGCAGUACUCCUUUGCCUAGUCACGGUAAAUAGUGUGGCUGAUCCAUUUAUCUACGUGCUGGUAAGUGAAAAUGUGAGAAAGGACAUCUGCAGAGGUCUACGAACAUGGAGAAGGCAACUGUCGACAUCUGUCAAAAGUGACAAUAGCAAUUACCCUCAUAUUUACAGCUCCAAAGAACUCCAAGGAGAGAAUUCUUCUGCACAACCUGCACAUCUUUUAUAACCUCAAAACUGCCAGACAGUACUUUUAUUAAUGGAAUGGAAAAUAGCUUUUUAAGGUUUGCUCGAUAAUAUCGAACUUGCACUGCUUGGAACGAACAGGUACUAGGUGGUAAAUAGUGCUCCAGUUAAGUAACCCACUGAAACCAGGGAAACACUUAUAUUCAUUGUUAAACUAAUAGAUAAGAUAAUUGCUAUGGGUUACAGCAGUGGAACAAACCCGCAGAGUGCUAAUAAGCCAGCUUAAUUUAAUAUAAAGAAUACAAAAGCUUUUUAAUUUAUCAGUUUCUUUUGGUGUAUAUAUAUGUAUUUAUUAAGCAGCAAGUGGCUGCCAAAUGCAAAAUAUCUGUUAACAGGCUUCUAAAAUGAUAAUAAAUCAAUGUUAAACCAAAGCUCAAAACCAACUGACCCAUAAAAUGUGGUUCAUUUACUGCACAAAAAAUGUAGGCCAUUUUAACAUAAGCAUCUCACUCAUACACACACACACUCAGGAAACCUCGGACUGCCGUGUUCAUAGGGUACCACUGGGACUCUUAUGAACUCCCUAGGAAGACUUCUUCUGCACUUUUUAAGGUUGGCUUAACAAUAUCUAUCUUAGACUGGUGGUCCCCUUUUACUAAUAUGAUUUUUUCCAGUGUAGUGAGUCCUUUUACUCUGGGCUCGGGCUGCACUGCAUUCAAAACGGUAAGUAGGCAAAUAGAUUACAAAUGUAUAACUAAGGGAGUCUGUGGGAACCUUACUUGUACUUUGCCACAAGAUAAUGGCGAAAAACUUUACAUUGUAUUUUUAAAAUUAUAUACAGUACUGUGCAAACCACAAGGCUGAUGUUACAUGUAAGCCUUGCAAAGCUUCUAAAACAUUGAAUACUUAUUGAUAUGUUUAUCAUGUUCUCAAUACAAAAAUGUAAAUAAAAGUAAUUUUACACCAGUUACCUUUUUGGUACCAAGCCCUGAGACUGAGUGUUACAUUUGAUAGGCUUUUGUGGUCUUACCAAUAAAACAACUGCUGUACAUAUAGACUCAUGUCCAGAAGUUUGGAUGCCGCCAUAAAUCUUCAUGCUUUGUCAGGAAAGAGAAACCUCUCUUGUCUACUGCAUAUGGCUCUGGCCAAUCAUUAAUACUAGAAAUUACUGAACACAUAAGAAAUUUAACCCAGAUAUGGACAGGGCAAUUUUAAGUAAAAUUAUUAAAACUCCUUGUUUAACUAAAACAAUAGAGCCCUGGCAGAGAGACUAGCAACUAGAAAAGCUAUACUACAGAAAUAGUUGUCAACUACAACACCAUCGAUAAAAAUCUUGUUAAACAAACUGCAGUUUCUUUUCCAUAUGGACAGGUUAGAGACAUUCAUAAAUAAACUCAUACUGGUAAGUGUUUGUGAUAGUUGGUAUAUAUUGUCUCUCUCUUAACACUAAGAGAGAUUUACCAAAGGUUGAGUUUUAGAGGUUAGUGAGGUUUUUUAUACCUCAAAUGAAUUCACAACUCGAAUGUUUUCGAAUUUAAGAAAAAACUUGAAUGAAUAAAACUAAAAUCAGUGAAUUCGGGGGGGAACAACUCUGAAAUUUUAGUUUUCUUUAUAAAAUCCUGAAAAAUUUGGGCUGGGCUGGUACAAAUGAGGAAAGCUGGAUUAUGUUAGUUUAACAUAAUUAUAUUAGUUUAAUUAUUUGUAUGUUGUAUGUUAUUUGUAUGUUUUAAUUGUUCAAACUUCCAGUCUACGAGGUAACUAGGCACUCAUUUUUUAAUGACUGCAUGUUCCCCUAUCUUCAGUUCAUACCUAUUGUCUUUAAAGGUUUAUGAUUGUUAAAAUGAUGCUUGCACAAUAUAUUAUUGACAGCCGAACCACACAAAUUUGGAGUAUCUUUAUUAUGUAUACAUUAAAUAUGCUUUUACGAUACAUUUUCAUAAAAUAUUAUUAUUAAAAAAUUUUGAAAGUGCAAUCACUGUCCCAGACUGGCAAGCACAAGCUCCAUUUACAUUUUAGCCUUAUUGUUCUAUCAUCUGGGUAUGUAUGGCCAGUGUGGUCCAAGCGUGGUGCAGAAGGACUUUGCCAGUUCCAGUUCAUCUACUUUGGCCUCAUAUCAAAAUAGAACAAAUAACAAAUGACUUGCAACAUUCUGUUUAUGGUAUUUCAUGCACUGUUUUGUCCUUUGUUUAUACCUGGCUUAUUCACACAACUUGACUGUAGAAAACAGAGGUCAGUUAGCAUCCUACAGUACCUACAGUACUCUGACCUGAUAU